GUCUAAUUAAAAUGCUAUCACAACAAACACUUUAAAUGUUUAGAAAAUACCUUGAAGAUUUUAUAAAAUUCGAAAAUGAGGUUGAGAAUAAGAGAGAAUAAUUAGCCCAUAAUAUAUAUUUUGAACCAUACACAAUUUUUAGUAGAUUAGAUUGUAAAAAGUAUUUGAAAGAUGAUUAAUAGGAUCCUUCAUAUAGAUAUCAAUGACCUUAAAAAUUUUUUUUCAGAUAAUGGUCUAAUAGAUUGUGAUGAUGAUUUAUUAUUAAUGAUUAGAAAAUUAGACAUUGAUAAGGAUCAAUAUAUAUCAUUUAGCGAGUUUUAAUUUAAUUUAUAAUUAGGUUUUCGAGAUACAUUUUACCUCAUAGAGAUUAAGAAUUAAAUUGUUUGGCUAAUAAUAGAUAAUCUUAUCAUCUUCAUGAAAAUAAUUUACCAAUAUUAGUUUAGAAGCAAUUAAUGUAAGUAUUUUAAGCAGAAAUUGAAUUAAAUAAGAAAAUGUUUAAUUAAAUUCAAUAGUUAAAAGGAUAACCAGAUUGGAAUACAAUAGCUAUAUGGGAAUCACUAAGUUCUUGUAGGAGAUGGGAUAUAAAAAUGUAAAUUAGAUAGAUUAAUUAUAUUAGUUUACAAUAAUUUUUUGAUUAAUCUUAAUUGCUUUAUAAUACUAAAGAUUUAGAAAAUUUUAUAUAUAGAAAUAGUAAAGAGAGAGAUUAUAGAAUAAAUUAUUCUGAUUUUUUAUAUUUGAUAUUUGCUCAUGAGGAGGAAAAUAAAAAUUAUACAUUUUGCACACCUCCAAAAAAUAAAAAAUAGAUAAAUUAAAAAAAGUCUAAUUUACAACCUUAGACAAAUUUUAGAACUGAUGAAUCUACAAAUAUAAAAUCUGAUAAGUUAAAUUGGAAUAAAUAAUCAUAAAGUCAUCAUUAAGAUGGACAAAGACAUGAUGAAGUAGAAGUAAGUGAAUUUAGAAUAAAUGAAAAUGAAGAUGAAGAUUAGAAUAUUCUGGAAUUAUUACUAAAUAAAUUGAAAAUACAAAACAAAAUGAAAGGAGUUGUUUUAAAAUAAUUAUUUUAACAAAUAGAUGAGAAUAAAAAAGGUAAAUUGUUUUUUAAAAUAUUAGGUUUUAUAACACUGGAAGAUUUAAUGAAUUAUUUUUAAAAUGUGUUAAAUUAACCAUAAAAUAUUGAAGAACUUAUAAGAUUAACAAAGGUAUUAGAUAAAAAUAAAGAUGGUAUAAUCUCAGAAAAAGAGUUUUGUGCACAGAUUGUUAGGCAUAUGUACAUUUAAUAGUUUUGA